AUGUCAAAUAUACACGGACCAAAGGCGAGUAAGCGCCGACUACUGAUGUCUGUAACUACGUCCAUCCUGCUGUACGGGGCGGAAGUCUGGGCAGACGCACUUAGAAAGGACAAGUAUAGCAGAAAAAUGACCGGAGUGCAAUACCAAAGUGCACUAAGAGUGUCCUCCUCGUACCGCACAGUAUCCAAACCUGCUAUCAUGGUAAUAGCUGGAAUCAUAACAAUUGCCUUGCUGGCUUGUGAGAACAAGUACAUUUUUGAAAGAAAGAUAGAGGUAGGAAAAGCAGCAACCAAGGAAAAGGCCAGAUCCAGAAAUACAGAGCAUUGGAAGACAAGGUGGACAAAUGAAACUAGAGAACGAUGGAUUUCCCAGCUGACAAACAGCAUAGCACCAUGGUGA